AUGUCAGAACCAAAUAAACCUGCACAAUUUACACCAAAGAAAUUAAAUAAACCAGAUUCAGUUAUUGGAAAAAAAAAAAAACCGAUAGUUUUUAAAGAUACAGUUGGUUCACCCUAUGCAAACAAAACUUUAAAAACAAUAUCAAAUGAAUGUACAGAAAGAAUUUUAGAUUUACUAAACGAAAUAAUGAAAAAUGAUUUAGAAAAUAUAAAUAAACUUAGAUUAUUAAAAAAACAAAAAUAUUUUGCAUUAAAAAAAGAAAAAACCCAAUUAAAUAAAAUAAUAAAGAGAUUAAAAUCAAUAAAUAAAAAGAAAGAGUUUGUAAAAAAUGAUAAAAAGUUAAGCAAAGAUGAAAAAGCAAAAGAAUUAGCAAGACAAGACCAAUUAGAAAAAGAUUUUCAAAAACAAAAAGAAGAACAAGAGUUAAAAUUUAACAAUUUAGAUAAAUCAGAAUCAGAGAAAUUAGAAAAAGAAAAAGGAAAUAUCAAAGUUGGAAGUAAUGAUAAUUUAAAUAACUUUUGGAUAGGUGUCAAUAAAAUUACUAAAGAAUUAGAAAAGAUACCAAUUCAUUCACCACCAUCUAUUAGAUUAAUUUUAGUUUGUCCAAAUUCGGGUAUUCAAAUUUUAACAUCCCAUUUACCAAUUAUGGCCUAUAUGAGAAGAAUACCAAUUUGUUUGUUACCAGAGGAAUACUCUAUCAAAUUUUCACAAAGUAUGGGCAUCCCAAAUACAGGGUUAGCAAUCGCAGUCAAAGAAAAAACCAAUCAAGAUAUUAAUGAUGAUAAUACCUUUAAUGAAAAAUUUGAAGAAUUUGUGCGUGUUUCCAUUGAAGCCUCUAAAAGUGUCAAUAGUUUAGAUUUCCCAUGGUUACCAGAAAAAUAUACAAUGUCAAAUCUAACCGAGCAGGUUAAAGUUGAAUAUAUCCCAACAAAUAUUAUAAAAGGAAAUAAACGUUUAAAAACAAACUAA